CUCCGGCGGGCAGCUUUUUGCGCGCGUGGAGGGGCACGUUCGACCGCAUUAUUGCUCCUUUGUAUUGCACAACAAGCCGCCGCUCCAGUGCAAGCCGCCGCUCCAGUCCACCGGGCCAGCAGUAGCAAACACAAAAGCGACAGGGCAGCCCACCUAGCUCCUUAAAUAACAAGCCGUCCCAAUCCGCACCGCGGGAGCAGCAGCAACCGCACGGACAGAUCAAUGGAGGUCUGCUGCGGCUUCUUCGGCUUCGACGCCGGCGACGCCAUCGAAGAACAGGAAGAGGAGAACCCCUUUCAUGCGCCGGCACACAAACCAAAACAGAAGCACCCGCUCGGCGUCGCGCGGCACAAGCCCGCGCACCACAAGAAGAAGAAAUCCCAUAGAGUUAUUCCGAAGCACCACCACGCGGCGCGCGCGUCGACGGUCGCCAAGGGCAACGGCACGCGCGACCACUGCGCUCUACCCAAACCGACGGGCGUCGCCUGGGAUUCGUUAACGGCGAUGAUGCCCAUCACGGACCCCCAGUGGGAAAAAGAUUUCAUGGAGCGGCUCGAUCGGAUCGAAGCGUCGGACCUGCUGCGACCGUCCGCGACGGACGGGUCGACGGUACUCAUGUUUGCUUGUGAACAUCGAGACGCGCUGGCCAUGUCUCUGAUCUUAGUACACCUCCACGACUACGAGCUGCGCCACGCGAUGAUCACGAAACGGAAUGCGAACGGGUGGAACGCGGCGUGCUACGUGAAUGAAGUAAAAGCGGGCCACCCCGUCGCCGUGCUGCUGAACGAGGAGAUGGCGAUGGUCGGCAUCGAGGAGGGGGAGCGGGACACGCACGUCCUGCCGGUGGCUCCAGCUACUUCGCCCUUCGCGAAGGUCGGGUCGUUCUUCAAGCAUAAGCCGGCCCAGUAAUAC